AUGAAGUUGGGCCUCACCUUCACCCGGUGCAAGUCGUCCCUGAUCUUUGACGUGCGCACGAAGGUGUUGGAGAACGACAGCUUGGAGAAAAACAACGACCUCAAAUUCAUCACCCACCCGGCCUUCCCCCACGAAAGAUGGUCCGACGAGGACUGCGCCCAGGUGGAGUACUUGCACCGGCCCCCCAAGUCGAGAUUGGACCGCAUUGCCUUCAACAGUAUGGCGACGUGCAAGUCGCUAUUCAACAUCGUCACCGGGUACAAGAAGCCCAAGACCGACGCGGAGUUGCAGCACAGAUUCAAAGGCACGCGCUGGGAGAUGACGGAAAACAAGUGGCUCACGCGAGUCAUUUUCUUGGAGUCGGUCGCCGGCGUGCCGGGAAUGGUGGCGGCCUUCCUCCGUCACUUGCACUCGUUGCGCUUGUUGAAGCGCGACAAGGCCUGGAUCGAGACCUUGCUCGACGAGGCCUACAAUGAGAGAAUGCACUUGUUGACGUUCAUCAAGAUCGGCCAGCCCUCACGCUUCAUGCGCUUCUUCGUGUACAUGGGACAAGGAGUGUUCUGCAACAUCUUUUUCUUCCUCUACUUGUUGUCGCCCCGCUACUGCCACAGAUUCGUCGGCUACUUGGAGGAAGAGGCCGUCAGCACGUACACGCAUCUCAUUGGUGACUUGUCCGCCAAGCGCUUGCCCAAGUUCGACACGGUGUCCGUGCCCAAGAUCGCGCAGGACUACUGGCCCGAGCUUGACGAGAAGUCGACCUUCUUGGACUUGGUGCAGAGAGUCAGGGCCGACGAGUCCAAGCACAGAGAGGUGAACCACACGUUGGCCAACUUGGACCAGAAGUGCGACCGCAACCCAUACGCCAUGAAGAUUGAGGGUGUGGACAAGCCACAACCCGAAUAUGGAUUGAAGGGCGAGAACAAGGUCGGCUGGGACAAGAAAGAUUUGAUUUUGUGA